ACAGCUAUCUUACGGGCGGUGGCUUUGUCUUCUCUCAUGUCCACAUUCGCGUUGUGCAUGUCCUCCACCCACUCGCUCAAUAACACACAUUCAACCCUCUCUGUUUUAUUGCAGUGAGAUUUAUAAUUUAUCGUUUACUCUGUGUUUCACUGUUAUCUUUUUAAGAGAUUAUUACAAAAAAAAAAAAAGCUUUUGUUUUUUUGCUUAUGAACUUGAUAAUGAGUUGAACAGAAGAAAAAAGGGUGAAAAAAGAAAAAAAGGAGGGAUCUUCGAGUGGAAAAAAGAAAAAGAAAAGAUUAAAAUCUUUGUUGGGUUGUUUUUUUAUUUGGGUUUGUGAUAUGAAUUGUGGGUUUUUGGGUUGUUCUUCAAAAGGAUCUUCUUUAAGCUAUUGUGUUUUGUUUUCGAGUCUUUAAAGAAGGGGAAAUGGCUGGAAGUAAUGAAGUCAACCUCAAUGAGUGCAAGAUGGUGGUUCCCCUAAAUACAUGGGUCCUUAUAUCCAAUUUUAAGUUGGCUUACAAUCUUCUUCGUCGACCUGAUGGCACUUUCAAUCGUCACUUGGCAGAGUUUCUUGAUAGGAAAGUCCUUGCUAAUGCAAACCCGGUUGAUGGGGUUUUCUCAUUUGAUGUCAUCAUUGAUCGCGGUACAAACCUCCUUAGUCGGAUUUAUAGACCAGCUACUGCUGAAGAGCCUCAGCCGAACAUUUUUGAACUUGCAAAGCCUGUUACGGCUGAGGUUGUCCCUGUUAUAAUUUUCUUUCAUGGUGGAAGCUUUGCACAUUCCUCAGCAAAUAGUGCUAUAUACGACACUCUAUGUCGCCGAUUGGUAGUUAUUUGUAAGGCUGUUGUGGUAUCUGUGAAUUAUCGGCGUGCACCCGAAAAUAGAUAUCCGUGUGCUUAUGAUGAUGGGUGGACUGCUCUUAAGUGGGUUAACUCUAGAUCAUGGCUUCAAAGUCAGAAAGAUUCAAAGGUACAUAUAUAUUUGGCUGGAGAUAGCUCUGGUGGUAACAUUGUGCACCAUGUUGCUGCACGAGCCAUAGAAUCAGGAAUUAAUGUAUUGGGAAAUAUAUUGCUCAAUCCAAUGUUUGGUGGACAAGAAAGAACUGAAUCUGAAAAGCAUUUAGAUGGCAAAUAUUUUGUUACUCUACAAGACCGGGACUGGUACUGGAGAGCUUUUCUCCCUGAAGGAGCAGACAGAGACCAUCCUGCAUGUAAUCCUUUCGGUCCUAAUGGUAGAAGUCUUGAAGGAAUCAAAUUUCCAAAGAGUUUAGUUGUGGUUGCUGGCUUGGACCUUAUUCAGGAUUGGCAAUUGGCUUAUGUUGAAGGACUCAAAAAGGCUGGCCAAGAGGUUAAACUUUUAUAUCUGGAACAGGCAACAAUUGGUUUCUACUUGUUGCCGAAUAACAAUCAUUUCCAUACUGUUAUGGGUGAGAUAAGUAUAUUUGUGAGUUCUAACCGUUAAUAGAAUUAACUUUACUUAUAGGCAGCCAUAAAGGGCAGGAGCUCCACGUUCCACUUGUGGUGAUUAAGAAGUUUGAGUUUAUGAUUGUGUAGUAAUAUUACUACUUACUCUCAUAUUAAUCAUGGCGUUAUUGCUAGUUGGCUCUCUUGAGCUCUGCAUUUUCCUGAUUUACAGACUACCGGGCUUGGUUAUCUGGUGAAGAAAAGGAAUUUCAGCAUGUAGCUGGUCAAGGAUGUGUUCUGGUCUGCAUUCAAUCACCUUGACUUUGGGUGUUACAGUUUGAUGAAGCUCUUGCGCGGUUAGAGGCUUGUACUAUGUUUAGCAGACCACUAAGCCUAAGACUUACAAAUUCUGGCUUCUUGCCACAAAGGAGAAGAAGACAGGAAUAUAUGGAUAACAUUCGGUGCCUAGAUCAGAGAUCGGACCUGGGCUAAUGUUACAUAAGCUAAUUUUAGGACAUGGAUUAGAAAGGUUUCAUGGUGUUGUGGCUCAGUAUAUUUAUACAUAUAUGUUAGUAUAUAUAAAGGUGUUUGCUUAAUGUUGUCUCAUCCGUUGUCUUUUAGUUCUUUUUUCCCCUCACUUUUAUGGUUCAGUAUUCUGUUUUCUAUAUUCUUGUUUGACAUUCUACUUGGCAAGUGUAAAUACAACUAUGUUCUAUAAGUUUGAGAAAUUUUAAAUUAGAGAUUUCUGACUUAUCAUGUCUGUUGUUUAUAUUUUGCCGUAGACAAGCAAGGCAGAGCCUUGAACUCUUGAUCACUAUAUUACUUCAAAAUUACUGGUUUCCUGGAACCUUCUGAUAGCAAGAUUUUUCCUCUUGGAUUUGUAGUAUAAACUCACAACUUUGAUCUUUCAAAUUAAACAGGUUUGAGCAUUUAAAAUAAGGGGGCAGUGCAAAUUCCAUGAAACUGAAUUAAUGUUUGAUUGUUGGGGUGAAGGAUCAGACUGUGUUGAUGAGCUUCAAGCUUCUUAUUCAUGGAAUGUGUAUGUUCCACUCAGGGUUGCACAAAAACAGUGACUUCGCAGCUUUUUGGCUUAUCCAUAUGUUUAAUCCUGAAGGGCUGGGUGAACCUUUGGCUGAAUGAUUGAUUAGAACGAACACCUAAAAACAAUAUCUGCCAAAUUUCACUCCCAGAAGAUAAUUUUGAGAUGACUGAAUGAGGAAUCAAAACGUGCUGCAAUUUCAUCCAUUAAACGAUAUCUGGACACUGAUAAAUGAUUGGAAGCAAAUUCUAGUCGUUUUAUUUUUUGCCAUGGAUUGAGAUUGAUUUGAUGAAUUCUUGUCUUUUCUUGAAUGCCCGUAAUGGAAGAGUAAUUUGGAGCUUGAAGCUGCAGAAAAUAAAGAAAAUUUGGCUUAUUUGGAAAGGGAAAAAGCCUUCACAAUGGUGGUUGCAAUUUGGAUGCAUUAAAGUGGACCACUUGAGAAGCACACACCGACCUUUUUGUAAACCUUUAGGAUUUACUUUCAUAGUGCUAAAAGAAUAUUAGCAUAGUGUUGAAGAACAGCUAAGUUUUUGAUGAAGACAUCAAGCCGUGUCUAAUUGACUUUUUUGGACCUACUAAAAACAGUUGGAAUAAAAAUUAAAGUU